GACUCAACUCUUAUAUUCAGUCCGAUUCAUUACUAGCCUACGACAUAAAAGAACAAACAACCUUAUCUUUACAUUUUACUCCGUAGGCUGCUGCCUGCUCACAUCUCCAAUCCUCUGUGGAGUCAAAGGAUUUUGAGAAUUUCGUGUCCAAAAGGAUCUUAUUAACAAUGAAGAACUUUAACAAUUUGAUGCUGGGUAUUAAUCUUCUGCUCUUCUUUCUCCGAUCUGCAGAAACAGCAGCGUCGCCAACUGAUGAACUCAUCCAGCCUAAUAAUAAGUCCCAGAAACACUUUGUCCUAGUUCACGGCGCCUGUCAUGGAGCCUGGUCGUGGUACAAGGUUAUCGCGAUGCUUAGAUCUUCAGGUCACAACGUCACGGCUCUGGAUUUGGGUGCCUCCGGGAUCAACCCUUUCCAAGCGCAGGAAAUCCCACACCUAUCUGAUUAUUUCAAGCCAUUGAUGCUCUUCAUGGCUGCUCUUCCUCCGACUCAGAGAGUCAUUCUCGUGGCUCACAGCUUCGGUGGUUUCGCCAUUUCUAAAGCAAUGGAAACCUUCCCAGAAAAGAUUUCUGUUGCAGUUUUUGUAGCAGCCAGCAUGCCUGGCCCUCUCCCAUUCCUCAACAUUUCCCCCCUCAUUGCAGAGGCAUUCAGGAGACAGGGUCCUCUCCUAGAUAGCAGAUAUAGUUAUGACAAUGGUCUCAAUAACACCCUAAUGUUUGACUCCAAGUAUAUAGCAGAAUACAUGUAUCAGCUCAGCCCAGUGGAGGAUUUGGCACUGGCAACCACAUUACUGAGGCCCUUAUAUCUGUUCAGUUUAGUGGAUUUCAUAAAAGAGAUGAUUUUGUCCCAUAAGAAGUAUGGGUCUGUAGACAGAGUUUACAUAAAAGCAGGUGAAGAUAAGAGCUGGCAUAUCAAAGGUCUUGAGCAGGUGAUGAUACUAAUCAAUCCUCCCAAGCAAGUGAUAGAGAUUGCAGGGAGUGAUCACAUGGUGAUGAUGUCUAGGCCUCGAGAGCUUUUCCUUCAUCUUCUCUCCAUUGCUCAAACAUCAUUAAUAAUUGUGUGACGGGUUAGUGAUCUGUCUACUUUAAACAUAAUCUCAACACUGUCGCUAUGGAGUUUUGGACCUUGAUCCCUUCCCCAAAUUAAUACUGUCUACUGAACCAGUGAACUAAGUGUUGAAUAAAUACAGUCAAUAUUUCUUGUGGUAAUUUUA